GGGCAAGCUGACCGGCCUGUGUUUUUAGGUUGUGGGGCCCAGCGUCUUUUCUGUUUUUUUAAAGAAAACUUCAAAAAUGUAAACCUAGUGGCCGUGAAGUUAACACAAAAACUUGGAAGGAAAAGUUGAGUGUGCAAGCUCCAACUACUUUUCCAAGAAAACCGCUCAAACUUCAGAGGAAUGAUUAAAAGUCUUCAGAUGCUCAUCGGUGGUCCUUCAAAAUUUCUCUUUCCCAGAAAUAUCAGGCGUCUCUGCUGCAGUCUAAGUCCCUCCCCGAGAAUGUGUGGGCAGCUGGGCGGAGCCUAAGGCUGAGCCCUCUCGGUGACCUCAGCGGAAAGGAGCCAGCGAGCGUUGGACUGAGCAGAUAUUCUCGCGUCUUCAGAUGGAUUUUAAAAUUGAACACACUUGGGAUGGUUUUCCAGUGAAGCAUGAGCCAGUGUUUGUCAGACUAAAUCCAGGUGACAGAGGAGUGACGAUGGAAGUUAGUGCUCCAUUUUUCAAUGAUCCUCCAGCUCCACUUGGAGAACCAGGAAAGCCUUUCAAUGAACUGUGGAAUUAUGAAGUUGUGGAAGCAUUUUUCUUGAAUGACCUAACCAAACAGUAUUUAGAAGUUGAACUUUGUCCCCAUGGACAGCAUUUGGUGCUUUUACUCUCUGGAAGAAGAAAUGUGUGGAAACAAGAACUUUCUCUGUCAUUCAAAGUAUCCAGAGGAGAGACAAAAUGGGAAGGCAGAGCUUAUCUUCCUUGGACCUAUUUUCCACCAAAUGUGACAAAAUUCAAUUCAUUUGCAAUUCAUGGAUCUAGUGAUAAAAGAAGCUAUGAGGCUCUUUACCCUGUACCUCAGCAUGAGCUGCAACAAGGACAAAAACCUGAUUUCCAUCGUUUGGAAUACUUCAAGCCUUUCAAUUUUAACACACUGCUUGGAGAAGAAUGGAAACAACCCGAAUCAGACCUGUGGCUAAGAGAGAAACCUGAUAUAUAGGAGUGUAGUAGAUGACUAUAUCAAACAUUUCUUCUCUAUAUCUUUUAAGGUAAACCAAUGAUAAGUAUAGUCUUUUUCAAGAUACCAUGAACACAUUUCAACAACAAAUAGUUUCAUAGAGGUCAGUAAAAAUAUAGUACCUCUGUGGCAAAUUGUAUAUAACAAGAAAAUGUAAAGUUUGUAGAUGAUUUUAUCUACAAAGUUAAAAUGUUUCUCAGAUUCACUUAGUCUAGGAGCCCUCAUGGCAAUGAAUUCUGCUGUAUGCCCUGCAUUACCAUCACCCCAAAUAUCCCUGACUCUGUCAACCAAAAUCAUUAUUUCUCUUUCCACAUACCUAAACUUCAGCCAGCCUGAGACUGGAACAUCUUAUUUGUGCAUUUUUGAACUCCAUGUAAUAUACGAUAAUUCCUUUCUUGGAAUCUUCUGUCCAUUCUUAAAAUGUGUAGAAAACAAUGACCUAUUUCAGUUGAACAGGACAUCUACUUCUGUUAAGGAAUUAUUAGGAUACAUGUGUUAUUUAACCAGCAGUUUUUUCAGUCUUACAACUAUUUUUACUCUGUAGAAGGAAAUGGAAUGAAAUAGUCUUGAAUUUGAGCAACAGGUUCUGCUUUUAUUUAUAAAUAAAUGACAUUUUCUUAAUGCUGUUAAACAAGAUAUAAAAAUAUUUUUAUUUUAUUUUGUAAACAUCAAAUAUUCCUGGUCUAGAAUUUUCAAAUUCUCUGUUAUAAUAUAGUUCAGAGCUUGAAGCCAUCUAGUAGAUAGAUCAUCUCUGAAUGCCUCCACAAACCUGCUCCUUCACCAGCAUUCUUAACUCAGAGAUUAGCAUUCUUGUGGAAGAAGAACCUUUAUUACUCAUACAGAUACCUAGUUGCCUACCCAACAAUAUACUUUCUCCUCUACUUUAUUAAAAAAACUUGAAUUUUUGGGAGCUAUGCUCAAAAAGUACAUUUUCCCAGACUCCUUUGCAGAUAGAAAUGUCACUAUAAAACAGUUCAAGUCAAUGAGAUGUAAGCAUACAGUGUUAGGUGGGGCUUUGAAAAAAGAUGCUUUAAAGAUGAAAGACUCAGCUGGCAUACACCUUUGGUCCUUUGCCCUCCCCCUUCCUUUUCCCUGAAUUGCAGAAUUGAUACCUGAGGUAACAUACUAGCUACGCUGUGUUAAUGAAGAGACAACUGAGGGAUAGCAGAGCAGCAAGACAAAGGAGCCUGGGUUCCAAACAGCAUGCUAGAGUAAUACUGUAUCAUACCUGGACUGCCUCCCUCUACACUUCUUUAUACAGAGAAAAUGAGCUGCCUAAUUUGUUUCCCCAGAUUCAUCUGUAGAUUCAAUGCAAUCCCAGUUAAAAAUCUCAACAGGCUUUUUUGAGUAGAAACUGACAAGCUGAUUCAAAUUUUAUAUGGAAAUGCAAAGGAUCUCAAAUAGCCAAAACAAUUUUGAAAAAUUGCAAAGUUGAAGGACUUUUACUACCUCACUUCAAGGCUUAUUAAGCUUCAGUAAUGAAGACAAUGUGACCUUGGCAUAGAUUUGUACAAAUAUAUCAAUAGAAUAAAAUAGAGAAAUCAGAAAGAAAACUGUAUUACAGUCAAUUGAUUUUUGACAAAGGUGCUAAUGCAUUUAAAAAUGGAAAGGACUGUCUUUUCAGCAAGUGGAGUUGGAAUAACUGGAAAAACAUGAAAAGAAAAAUGAGCCUUGACGCCUACCUCACAACCUAUAGAAAAAUUAACCUAAAUGUGACUGGUGAAAUGAAAAAAGUUCUAGGAGAAAAUCUUCACAAUCUGAGGUAGACAAAGAUUUUUUUCUUCCUGGAGAAGGUUUGCCCUGAGCUAACAUCUGUGCUAAUCUUCCUCUACUUUAUAUGUGGGUUGCCGCCACAGCAUGGCUGAUGAGCGCUGUAAGUCCUCACCUGGGAUCAGCCAAAGGGAACAUGCCAAACUUAAGCACUAUGCCACAGGGCUGACCCCAAGAGUUUUUUUAAAUAGAGCAUAAAAGCAUUAACUAAAAAAGAAAAAAGGUGAGAAAUUGGAUUUCAUCAAAAAUAAAAAUUUCUUUUCAUCCAAAUCUGCCAUUAAGAAAGUGAAGAGGCAAUCCAAAGAUUGGGAUAAAAGAUUGAAAAUACAAGUAUCUGACAAGGGACUCUUACCCAGAAUAUUUAAAGAACUCCUACAAAUCGCUAAGAAAAGGACAAGCCAAGUAAGGAGCAAAAGACUUGAACAGACGCUUCACAGAGGAAAAUACAUGAAAGGCCAAUAAGUAUAUAGAAAGGCUUUCACCCUCACUUAUCACCAAGGAAAUGUAAAUUAGAACCACAACAAGAUACCACUAAAUGACUGAAAUUACAAAUUACACACAAUGGCUAUGUGGCUAAAAUUGAAGAAGACUGACAAUGUCAAGCAUUAAUGAGAUUGUGGAGUAAGUGGAAUGUUUAUACUCCGAGAGUAGGAAUGUAAAAUAGUACAACUGCUUUGGAAAACUGAAAAUUUCUGAUAAAGUUAAAUACACACCUACCCUGUGAUUCAACAGUUUCCUACUUAGGUAUCUACUCAAGAGAAAUGAAUGUUCCAAGCAGCUUUAUACGUAACAACAAAAAACUGUAAACAAUCAAAUUUCCAUCCAUGGGAGAAUGGAUAGAGAAUCUGUGAUAUAGUCAGACAAUGGAAGACUACUCACAAAAAAGAAUGGACUACUGAUACAUGCAACAACCUAGACAAAUUUUAAAAGCAUUACGUUGAGCAAAAUAAACCAGAUACAGCAUGAUGUAUAAUUAUUUUUAUGUGAGGCCAGUUUAGGCAAAACUAGGCUAUAGUGAGAUCUCAGAACAGUGAUUGCUCUGGGUGAGGGGAGGGGAUUCAAUUUACCUGGAAAAGGGGCAUGAGGGAGUUUUCUGGGGUGGGUUGAAAUGUUUUGUAUCUUGAUCUGGCUGAUGGUUAUGUAGCUGCAUACAUUUUUCAACAUUCCCCAAGCUGUAUAUUUAAGAUUUGUGAUUUUAUUAUAUGUAAAUUAUACCUUAAUAAAAUACUGUUAUAAGCUGAAAAUUAAAUGGAGUUAACGUCAAGUUUAUAUUGUUCCAUUGAACAAUCACUAAU